UAAAAAAAGGCUAAUACCAGGCAAAUGUAUCACUUUGUCUCAGAACAAACAGCGGAACUGCGCCUCUCUGAGAAUGUGCUUAUUUCCAGCCAUACGACACAGUACCUGAAGUGCUUUCAACUGGAAGCUGUGCGUUUUCUAUAUGAACGGCUGUCCAAACAAGAAUUUAGCAUAUUUAACGAUGAGAGCGGCUUGGGCAAAAGUGCGCCAGUUGUGGCACUGCUAAAUGGCCUGGGAGUAUCCAAAAAGACAUUAAUUGUGUUGCAGAACGAUGAGCAGUUGCUGGCUGGCUGGCAGUUUCACUUGGGCGUCCUAUCCGACCUGCCCGUGUGCGUUAUAAAGGACGUCAAUGACAGUACGGAUUCGGCGCAUAGCGUUUAUCUAAGCAAAUGGAGCGUUCUACGCAGCAUUGGCGAUCUCAGCAAGCUGAACUUUGACUACAUCAUUGUCGAUCAUCGCGGCUAUACAUUAAAUAACAACUUUUGCACUUCCAUGCUUCUCAAGCAAUUCGAGCACAAAGUGAACAUUGUGAUCUCUAGUGUGGACAUAACGUCUGACGUGAAGUUGCUGUACAAUGUGAUGAGCCUGGGUGGCUGCCUGGAACAUCAGCACAAGAGCUUCCGCAGUUUUGAGCGCAAGUUCCAUCUGCCCGCUGUUAAGGAGGUGCUGAGCAAACGUGUCGAUCUUGAGGAGUACUACAAACAGCGGGGUGUUCUUGGCGAAUACAUCAAAGACUUUCGCCUGCGACGUUAUCGCCAUCAGUUUGAUUCAUAUCUACCACUUGUCACACCCGAACAAUACAAGAGGAACUUAACUCUUUGGCUGGGACAAAACAAUAGCAAUAGUAUACUAAGUGGCUCAACUAUAGAUUCGACUUCCACAGGAGGCACCGAUGAAAUUCUCGAGUGUCUGAUGAGCACGAAACGGGAUAGACAAUUGGCACCGAGUCAGCAAAUGGAUCCAGACAAAAUAUCGCUGUCUGAGCACAGUGAUGAAGUAAUAGCAAUGGAGCCUUUGGUUUUCGAAAUGUCCGAAUCGGAGCCCGAGGUGGUACCCACAGAAGUGACAGGUGCACAUGCCAAGGAGUCAAACACUAAUGUGGUGUUGCUCUCCAGCGAUGAUUGUGAGAUAGUCACGCCGAAAAUCAGACAGACACAUUCGGCUCUAAGAGCAACAAAUUCACAAACAGCCAAAACCAAGCGAAAAUACACAAAACGUGCACAGACUGCAAAGCCACCGAAGCUCACUGAUUCAGAGUCAGAGGAGCAGCCCCCAACCCCGAAAAUAAAGGGGAAAAAGCUUAAUGUUAGAUUAAGUCGUGUAUGCUUGCCCCAAAAGGAUCAAAACGUAAUAGCAGCAACUAAUUCGGCCAAACCAAAAGAUCAGGCGGCAAAACCAGAGCAUGAAGUAUCUAAAAAGCCGCCCGAAGAGACAACACCAUUAGAAAUCAAGUCGUUGCGUGCUAAACCUAAUAACAAGGCAAAGCUUGACCCACCUGUACAAACAACGCCUGAGCCGCAUACGCCUAAAGAUGAUAAACCUAAACCCUUGCCAAUCACGCCCAAGACCGAGCCCAGGUCUAAACGCUCUGAUGUAAAUAUUUUAACUGGGGUGCAACUUAGAGAGACGCGUGGAAUGCAAAGAAUGACGCGUUCCGCGGAUGCACGGCCGUACAGCAAAUACAUGGGCCUCAGGAGGGCAUUGGACUACGAUAAGAAAGGCACACCCAAAAGGAAACGCAACUCGGACACUAAUCAAACGCCCACAACUAGCAAGCUCAAAAAAGAGGAAGCAGUGGUAAAACAAGAGGUCACAGUCAUGGCUAAAAAGUCAAAGACAACACCAACUAAAGAAAAACCGAAAACUAAAAAGAUAGGGCGACCGCCGAAGAGAAAAUUGUCCAAAGAACCGACAUCUUUACCUAGCAAUAAAAGGAGGGGAAAGAUCAGUGAAGUAACCGUGAAGUCUGUGCCAGCUGCCACGCCAGAGCUACUAAGCUCCGGUUCCCUGCAGUCCGAUAAUUCAUAUUUGCAAUGCGCACAAAAGCUGCCAGAGAACCUCGCCGAGCUCGGAUCCUUGGAGCUGCCCCAGUUUCGUGUACCGCACGUGCCGCCGGCAACUCCACUCAUGUUGCCCAUCCCUUUGAAUUUGUUUAGUGACUCGGAAGUGGCUAUCGCACCUAGUCCCCAACAAAAGUCAGAUGUAGUGGUCAUCAACAGCUCGCAUGACGAGAGCUCGCAGCCAUCUGCUAAACAAUCACAAAGCCGACGCACUCGAGCAUUAAAGAGAAAGCGCCCAGUUCCCUCCAAGGAGCAACAGUCGCAGCCCACCACCUCAAGUUUUGGUAUGUUGCUAGCACAGCAGCGCGGAUCGGUCAACAAAUCUCCUGACAUAUUUAGCAACUGCUCCGAUUUAUCGCAGCUCACGCUGGCACAGCCUGUGCCUUCAGUUUCACCGUUUGAGGGCUUCAAGAUCUUUGGCUCUGAAGUAAAGCAGCUUCAGCAGCAGCACGCCAAAACACAAUCGGGCAUGCCGGUUAAAAAGAAGCGCGAACGCUCCUGCCUGGACAUUCUGGAGCAAAUGUUUGAGCCGCAAAAGACUAAGGAUAGCGACCUAGGUGUUCAAUUAUUGCCGAAUUUGCCCAGCCCCAAGCAACAGCUGCCGCCUCGACGCUUCACUUUGCUGGAUGAUGACAUCUUUGAGAUAACUAAUAAUGGCGAAUUCGGCAGUCGGCUGCGUCUCGACUCCAUGGGGAAUGUGUCGCCCGUGCAGCAGCAACAGUCACAGCCUCAGCGCAACAAAAUUACUAACUAUUUGAUUAGCUCCGGCGGCACUCCAGAGGAUGCUGGCCAGCGAACUCAAGCCAGUCAAGUGCUGCGCAAGUCACCCAAAGGCAUCAAGUCCACGCAGUCCACGAAACUGACACGUUGGUUUGCCACCGCAGCCGCGGUGUCAGGGGAAUCCCAAAGUGCGCCUAGUACGCCUGUAGUGCCAGCCGACAAAAUGGCGCGCGCUCGGAUGGCACGCAGUGGUGGAGCUGGAAAACGCAAGCGACUGGAGCUCGAUAAGUGAGAUGC